AAUUAGCCACACGGAUUUGCUCGCAGGUUCGUCCUCGCCAGCUACGAAUGGUACCAUAUAUAUAGAGAUUAUGAGAGAAGCCAAAAACCAUAACGUGGACCAAUCAAACGGGGAAAAUGUGAUGCCUGCAGUUUCGCGUCUAUUAGAAUCGUCGUCAGUAGUUCCAAAUAACACGAUAUAUAUAGAUACAGAUACAGAACGAACAGAAGUAAAUCAAGACUUAAACCAACUAAACGAGGAAAUUAAGGCAACUGACAAGUAUGUCGAAGACAUAAAUCAGAAUGUAAUCCAAGCAAAUGUGGAAAAUAGGGCAAGCGAUGUGUAUGCCGAGUUAGUCCUUUUAGAACAGCACGCGCUGGUUUUAAAUGCUGAAGAGAUAGAGUGUGGAGUGUGUAUGGACAAAUAUCAACCUGGUCAAGGGGCGGUUCUUAGAGAAUGCGUUCACGCGUUUUGCAUAGAGUGUCUCUCAGACGUCGUGAAGCACUCCGAGGAACCAGCAGUCUCAUGCCCCGCCAUGGGCUGCCCUGGGUUUCUGGAGGAGCGGGAAAUCCGUGCACUCGUAUCUCCGGAGGACUAUGAGCGAUGGCUGGCGAAAGGCCUGGCUGUCGCGGAGAGCGGCGCUCGAAACGCAUUCCAUUGUCGAACCGCCGACUGCCAGGGGUGGGCGAUGUGUGAUCCAGAUGUUACAAGGUUUCUCUGCCCCGUUUGCGAUGUUAUUAACUGCGUUACCUGUCAGGCGAUUCACGAGAAUGAAACUUGCGAAGAGUAUCGCACCAAGCAAAAAUCUGACGAAAAGACCAAAACAUACCUCGAUAAGUUGUUGUCGCGCAGAGAAGCCAUGCAGUGCCCAGAAUGCAGUGUUAUUAUAACAAAACAAUUGGGUUGCGAUUGGAUCAAGUGUACGGCGUGCAAGACGGCGAUCUGCUGGGCCACGCGCGGCCGGCGCUGGGGGCCGCGCGGCCGCGGCGACACCAGCGGCGGCUGCCAGUGUGGGCUCAAACGGAACAAGUGCCAUCCUUCUUGUCGCGGUUGCCAUUAAGUUAUUAUAGUUUGACCAACCGUCGUGUUACUAGAAAAAAAGUGUGAUAAGAGGGGGCGUAAAGCCUGCAGGUUUACAUCCGUUUAAAAUCUCUAACACUUUAAAUUAACAUUUCCCAAAAAAGGAAACUACUGAAAUAUUCUAUCUUACUACGACACAACUGCGAAAAAGUAGGAAGUUAAAUAAAAAUAAUUACAGCGGCCAUGACCUGUUCUUAACCUAUUAUUCAGUCGACAGAUCUUACGAGGUAGAUGAAACCCUUUUGGUUUUCUCGUUGGAUCUGGGAGAAUUUCCUAUUCGCACGUGUGUUGUACAACGUUUUACAGUACAUGCCUAUGGCCCUUUAAAUUUUUGACAUAGAGACUGAAAGUGUUUAUUCCCGCACUAUUGCAGGAAAAUAGCACCAUUUGUACUGUAAAUAAAUGAAAAACCGGCCAAGUGCGAGUCGGACUCGCGCACGAAGGGUUCCGGACCAUUACGGCAAAAAAAUCACGUUUGUUGUAUGGGAGCCCCACGUAAAUUUUUAUUUUAUUCUGUUUUUAGUAUUUCUUGUUAUAGCGGCAACAGAAAUAUCACUAUCACGGUUCAUGAAAUACAGCCUGGUGACAGAUAGGCGCACAGUGGAGUCUUAAUAAUAGGACUAAUAGGGUCCCGUUUUUUCUCCUUUGGGCACGGAACCCUAAAAACGCAUGUUUUCGUUAUUUUUCUAUCAAGCCAACGUUAAACUUUUAAGGUUUUCGUUGGAAUUCGCUGCCUUUGCCAUGUAAGUACCUACAUAGGCUAGUUUUCGUGUGAUAUUUUUAAUAGCAUUUGCCCUUGAUUAAAACGUGCAAAAAUUGUACACUUUGUGUUAGCCCCCUCUUAAAGAAUAUUGAGGUUCCUGCCCUUGGGUUGGUUAGUCGGUUGACGUAGUAGGAGGGGGUCAGUGUAUAAAUGUUGCUGUCUUCUUAUAUUAAGUGGGGCUGUGCUGUCAUGUGCUGUGAACACAGUGUACGCUACGGCCGCCAGGUUUCCCGUCAAGGAGCUGGAUUUUCCGACUUUUGUCUAAUAACACGACGGUAAGGUCGGUAAGCCAGACUACAACAGUUGAUUUAUGUUCAAUCAAAUAAUCUUAGUCGGGAAUCUUUUAAUUGUUUUAUUUCAUAAUGGUACAAAUAAUAAUGUAUGAUUGUUAUGUGUAGUUUUACUAACUCCUAAGAAGCUUAAAAACAAAGAGGAUAUAAUAGGAUAGAGCGGUACUGUCAUAGGUCAUAGUAAAU